UACUUUUCAAGUCUAUCUGCUCAUUUCCUCACAUGAUCAAAGAGAGAUAGAAAGGGUUUAAACUUUCCUUAAUUAUAAGCAUAAAUCAUUUCAACGCUAAUGGUUUCUCGACAAGAAGAAACCCUUUUCUCUAGAAAGAGAGAUUUUACAGCCUAUGGAGAAGAGUUUCACAAUUUAUUCAAGAAGACCAAACAAGAAGAUCAAUCACAUGGAACACUUCAGAGAGCCAUGUUAAAUGAAGGAUCAAACUCAGAGAGUAUGAGAUCAGUUACGUUUGAUUUUGAACUUAACCUCCACACUCCUCUACCUUCAGGCUGGCAGAAAUCUAUAGAGACUAAGAGCUAUCCGAGAACAUCUGUGGAUCAUAGGACGAGACACCCCAACGAUCCGUUGCUUGUUGAGCGACCAAAGAUGAGUCUAGACCUUGAGCUGAACCUCUCACCUUCUUAUUCACCUACAAAGGCCGCUACGGAAAUAGAAGAAUCCUCAAAUGACAAUGAAAACGUGUCAUCAUCGAAGGGUAUCAAUCUGACAAGCCCGAGAAUGAAGACCACGACUGUGACAGGAUUAAAACGAUCAUUGUCAUGGCUUGCGUUUGAAGGUGGUGAUGACGAUGACGUUGACUGCAAGGAGCAAGAGAUGGUAACAAAAGUGUGCAUGAAAUGCCACAUGCUGGUUAUGCUGUGCACAUCAACUCCUGUUUGUCCCAACUGCAAGUUCAUGCACCCACAUGAUCACAGCUCUACUAAACUGUUUAAACCAUCGAAUUUGCUUAGGCUCUUGUGUUAGGCUUUACUGAAUCUAUUAAAAAAUUGUACGGAAUAAUAUGAACCAUCGAGAGACUUGAGAAAAGACAAGGUUAUGUAUAGACUACAAGUACUAAAAGUUUUAUUCUAUGCGUUUAUCCGAAAGAUAUUCCAUCUCUUUGUUCAUGCUAUAGAUCUGAACUUAAUAGUAUUGCAUUGAAUUGUA